AUCUGCGGCAAAUCAUGUCUUUAUCUGCCACAGCGAAUCUCAAUUCUGUAUAUCGCGAUCUAGCAGAGUUUUAGGCGAGCGUGCACGACCGACGCGUCUGGUUGCCCCUCCUAUUCAAACACUCAUCUCGUGCACGACAUUGGUGUUUACAAAGAAUGGCAAGUUGAUCUAUAUAAGUCGCCAGUCCCCUCGACUGUAGAGCUACUUCUUCAUCCUCAUCAACACUAAUACAACAGUCGCUCGUUUCUAUCCAAUACUCACCUUAGUCUUUCGUGCAAACGAUCUAAUUCUUCCAACCCUUAAUCUUCCACCAAAACCAAGCCCUUCCAACCGGCCUAAUACAUUCAAAAUGCGCUGCUCAGCCAUCUUCGCUGGCCUUUUCAUGGCCGCCUCUGCCUUGGCUCUUCCUCUGGAUGCCUCUUCCUCCACCGCCCUCAAGCCAGUUGAGGCCGCCAAGGACAUCGCUGCCAGGGCUCCUGCUCCCCAGCUCGACCUUUCUGACGUCCUUGAUGACGUCGCCAACACCGUUGACGACCUGGUCGACUCCUUGGAGCAGAUCUUGGAUCCCAUUCUGGCGGCACUCCAAAACCUCACCGUGGUCAUCCAGGAACUGGUGGUCGACCCCGACUCAUCCGACUAUGAUGUCACGCUUGAGAACACCUACGUGACCCUUCAAGGCCUUCUUGUCGACAUGAACGGUAUCACGGGCACCAGCUUGAACAGCGACGAUGUGACUGACCUGAACAACCUCAACGGCGCUCUCCAGACUCUGCUCGACACGGUGAACAACCUGAUCUCCGUCGGCACUGUCAACGACACCUUGACCAACAUCCAGACCCUCAUCAACACACUCAUCGCUAAUGUGAACACCCUGCUGUCCAACAUCAGCACUUAAGCGAGUGUCCACAGUGUGGUCUUGCAUGUUGGCGAGCCUUUCGAGUUUAUAUUCGACUAUGGCUCCCACUCUGGCAUUGGCAAGCGGGCAAUGAGGCUAUCAUUUCAGGCGCCGCGAUUUCUACACGAAGGGCUUUUUCAUUCUUUUAAUUGGUCGAAAAUGGGGACAGGAAGUUGGAAACGAUCAUUCUUAAUCAUUCAUUUACACAUACUUGGGAGUUGGAUUUUUUGGACAAGGGAAGGAGGAACACACGAGUGGCAACAGGGAAAUAGGGAUCAUGGACAUAGAGACGAAACCAAACAUGGAAAUCUGUUGCAUGGGCAUAAUGUGUUCCUCUUGAUAAUGACUUGUCUACCUCUUCAGGAGGAAUUCAACCUAUUGGAACAAACUGAGUGAUCUCUUUUGAUUGGUAGAGCAUACCACAGUGAACAGCCCUAUUCCCUGCAC